CGGGCUUAGAUUUUUCUUGCAAUGCCGGCAGAUGCAGAUGCGGCCAAGGCUGUGGAUCCUGAGGUGGAGGAAAGGUGGGGCAAAGACCUGCGCGCCAUCGAGGAAAGCAUCCGGCUCAUGUUGUCCAACCACUUGCAGGAAGCAGAGGACCUCUUGGCUGAAGCAACUGCAGAUGUGGCCAAGCGGGAGUUCCGCUUUGAUGCAGGGGAUCACGAUAUGCGAGGGUGCUUUUCCUUUGUCAACGCAUUGAUGAGCCUCAUCAAUGGCCUGGCUUCCCUUGAGAACAACCAGCUGGACAUUGUGCUGGAGCGCGUGCGCUUGGCGGAUGAUCAGUUGACAGCGGAUAGCGACUGGCCCGGCCGAACGGUCCUGCGAGGUUUGUGCAACCUCGUGGCCGGUGUCGUGGAGAUUAUGCAGGGGAUGCCCUCACGAGGGGUGUGGCACGUUCUGCGCUCCUGGUUUUGGCUGCGCACAUUGGAGUCCGAGGCUUUGACCUUCGACGGCCACGAGCGUGGCUGCGUGCGCUCCACGGCGCUCCUGGCUCUCGGGGUUUUCAAUUUGUUUGUUUCCAUGCUGCCUCCCACGGCUAUGAAAGCUGCGGGGUGGGCCACAGGCUUCUCUGGUGGCCGCGAUGUGGCGCUCUCGCAGCUGAGGGCCUGCUGGGAGGAAGGCGGCAUCCAGGCACCUUUUGCUGGCAUGGUCCUCAUCGGCUUCUGCGUGGAUGUGAGCAGCUUUCUUGGAGAGCUGCGUCAAGAGCGUGCGGCUCGCCACCACAUGGCCAAAGAGAUCCUGGACUGGGGGCGCAAGGACUAUCCGGGCGCCUUUUUCUUCGCAGGCCUUGAGGCAGGGUACCUGGCCGCUGAGCGCGACCUUGAAGGUGCCCUUGCCAAGCUUGAUGAAAUUAGAGUAUCUGUGGAGAAGCUCCCUGCCUUUCUUUUCCUGGUCAGCGUCAGGAGGGCUACGUUCUUGUUGGCUCUUUUUCAGUGGCAAGCUGCGGGAGAUGCCUUUGCGGAUGCGGUGAAAGUUUAUCAGGGCGUGGGUAGGCGUGCACUGUGCCCCUCGCUCUCGCUGAAUUCGCACCUUUGCUACAGCCGUGCGGGCUGCAAGGAGCGAGCGGCCGAAAUGCUGGACACCUGUCUCGCUUACCAGAAGACAAGCUUCGUUAUUGUGAAAGAUUCGCGCUGCCCGCCUGGGGCCAGCCAACAAGGGGCAAGGGGCCGGGCCAGCAGCAAAAAAGAGGAGAAGAAGAAGUGGUCUCCCCUGGACAAGGUGUCUUUGCGCCAGGCAGAGGCUGCUCGUCGUCACGCGCAGGACCCCGCGGGUGACGCCAACGGUCGAGGC